ACUCUGUCAGAACCAGCCUUUCAGAACCAUAUCCACCACUUUGGUCAGAACAAACCUCUCUGUCUGUGGAUUCUCUCACGACUGGACUUCGUACACAGAGACUGUUCUGCCACAUGGGACUAGCACCAGCCCGUAGGAGAGAUGAACCCUGAGUCUGUGGAGGCUUCCAUCCAGGCGCUCCUCUCUGCCCUCUACCCUCCCUUCCACGCCACGGCCCCCACCCUCCUCAAUCAGCUCCUACAGCGGAUCCAGGAGGGUUACCACGGCGACGCCCUCCGCUGCCUGCUGAACUUCCUUGUCCCGGCUAAGCACAUCUUAGAGAGUGUUCAGCAAGCUGCCUGUGCUCAGUUCAGUGGGGUGCUGUUCCAGUCUGAGGGCUGGCCCUUGUGUCUGGGGGACCGAGUGGCGCUCCACCUCGCCCCCCUCAGCCCUCUGCUGCUCCGCCCGGGAGACUUCUACCUGCAGGCGGCCCCGUUCUCCCAGCAGGCUGCCCGCAUCCUGGUCUGCAGCCUUCUGGAGGAGGAGGAGGAGGAGCUACACCAAGACAGGAAGCAGCCCCCGCAGGUGGAGGAAACUCCCAUCCCCGAGACGGCCUACACCUGCAUCUUCACGUCUGAUUGGCUCAGGGAGGUCAACGAGGGGCGCCGCGGCACGCCUCUCAGCCAGUGCUUACUAGUCACCGACCAGGCUGUCGUGAGGUUACCAUGGGAAGAGGUGGCUCGGCCCAAAUUUGUGGAUAAACCCAGAACCAUGGCCCCGCCUCCUGCUCCUCCUCCUCUCCCUCCCGCCGUCGCUCUCCCUCGUCAAGCUCAGGAGUCCUCGUCAGGUCCCUCUCAGCAACCCCGUGACUCUGGCUUCUCUGUAGAGACGAGGAUCUGCCCAGCCAAGCAUGGCAUCGCUGUGUCCCUGUGUCUGGUGGACAGGAGCGCCCCCUCCAGGCAGCCGCGUGUGCAUCGGGCCGAGGAGACGGCCAAGACCAGGGGCUGGGUGUCUGGCCACCCCUGGGACAGCCGCUGUGCCGGGGGGCCUCUGGGGGGAGGGGUGGGUGUAGGGACAGGUGGAACUUCCUUUAGGCAGGAGCCUGAGGGAGAGUACGUGGACCUGCUGGAGUUCACCCAGAAGAUGGACGCCUCACAUCAUUCUAGUCAAGCCCAGACAGAGGCGCACACACAGGAACCAAAACGCACACAGGAACCAAAACGCACACAGGAACCAAAACGCACACAGGAACCAAAACGCACACAGUCAUGCACAUCGCCACACACACCGUCGCAUACGCAGGUCCAGUCACGCACACAUCCCUGGAUAUCCUUGUAUAGGCCCAGCCAGCCUGCUCCUGCCCCUCCAGCCCAACAUGGACCCCAGCCCCUCCACCAGCAGCCCUCUCCCCCCAGAGAGUCCUCCCAGUGUGGCCGGACGGUCCGUUUCUGUGAGGAACCCUGUAGCCCGUGUCUGAGACGGAGGCUCAUACUGCAGGACUCAGGAGGACCAUGUGCUACAGGGCUGGAGCCGAAGCCAGGCCACGAGCAGGGUCUGGGACCGGGGCGAGGUACCUCCAGGGCCCAGGAACUGAGAUGUCGCUACCGAGAAUCCUACCAGGCAGCACUGCAGAACCCUGUCUGUUUCUCCCGAGAGAAGGAGAAGGAGCAAGGAAGGGAGAGAGAGAAUAGGACGGAGAGAGAAAACAUUCUGACGGUGGUAGAGGAGGAUUGUCUGACUGAGGGGAAGCUGCAAACAAAUGGUGGUGGGGGAGAACAUUCACAGCACUGUUCGACUGCCCCCCAGCACUGUUCUAUUACCCCCCAGCCAUACUAUAGGGCCCCUAAGCAACACUUUAGUGGCCCUCAGCAGUUCUGUGCACCAAGACCAAUCUCUGGGACAGCCCCUGUGUGUUCUGCUGUAAAUACUCCCCCCCUUCCCUGCAAAGAGACCUCCCUCUGUAAAGAGUCUGGGGAACAUAACCCCGUCCCCUGUGGAACAUCGGGGAACGUGACCAGUGUUCCUACUGCUGAAUCUGAGAGGACGGGAGCCGUCAAAUCCAGUGGUGCUGCUGACCCAGACGGGCGCUGCUCCUCUCUCUCCACCACGGUGGUGGACACCUCUGAGCGCUGUCAGCUGGUGGUGCAGGGUCACACCCUCAGGAGGGACAGGAAGGGGAAGGGCCAGGGUCAGACGGCCAGGAGGGACAGCGCUGACUCCUCCUGCUCCGACGCCAUGGUUCCCAGGCUGCACGUGGUGAAGUGUAAAAACGCCACGGCCUUCGGCUUGGUCUCCCCCAAGACCAACAGGCGCAGGAAGACCUGCACAGAUGGCGCCCAGGCUAGUGAACUCCCUGUGCCCUGCAGCAACCAACCAGAGUCAGCCAGACAGCCACAGAACCAGACCCCCCCUGGACAAUACUUCCAGCAGCAGCCCAUUGAGCCUUUCACGUCCAGGCCAGAGGCCCCAGACCUGGGCCUCCCAGACCCCUGCUCCCUCCCUCUCCACCUGGGGCUGGCCUGUCUCACAGGUGGCAGAGACAGGAUGAGCAGGGCCGUGGUGGAGGUGUAUGUAGCCCGGGAGGGCUGGAGGACCCUGUCUAGGGGGUCCAGUCAAGACCUCUACCAGAUGUUGCUGUAUUUUUACUCCAUAACCAGGCAAGAGAUCAGAGAACUAGGAAUGACGAUAGUCAUAGAUGCUCGUAAGACUCCUCCCCCUCCACAGCUCCACCAGGCAGUGAUGAUGCUCCAGGAGCAGACCUCCCCUGUUGUCCACGCAGUGCUGGUGCUGCUGGACAAGGAGAGCAGCCGUCAUCCAGACACACAGUCAGCCUACGCAGGACUGCAGACUGAGGUUGUGAGCUCCCUGAGGGCCCUGAACAAGAUGGUGGAUUCCAGUCAGCUGACCUCGGCCCUGGAAGGAACCCUGCCUUACAGCCAUCUUGAUUGGCUCCAGCUUCACAAGAACCUUCAGCCGUUCGUGUCAGACCUGCAGGAAGCAUCUGGUUUGCUCCUCAGAACCAUAGGGAGACUGGAGGGGGUCCAGAGGAUCGGCACUGUCCAGGAAGUGCAGCAGAGCAUCACAGGACAGAGGACUCUGAUGAGAGAGAUGCUGACGGACAGCCGCUUGGUUUUCCUGCAGAGGGAAGGCGGAGCCAUACUAGCCAGGCUGAGGAGAGAGAGUGACCUGAGAUACCCUCACUAUAGUGACUACAGUGCUGCGCUGGAGGCCGUGGCUGGUCUGUCCAGCCAGGUGGAGGAGCAGGCUCACGUCCUGGUGAAGAAGUCCAACACCACUCUGGAACACCUGGAGUACUUGCUGCAGCUACGCCACCUGGAGGAACACUUCACACAGAUCCGAGAGUGGUUCACCGCCGAGGGGGAGAGGAGGCUGCUGGAAGCGGAGGCCGUGGAGGACCCCAGAGAGAGGGUGGACCAGACCCUGCAGAGCUUCAGCUCGUUCCUCACUGAGGCUGGCGAGAAGCAGCUGAAGGCAGAGUCUCUGGUGAGGGAGGCAGAGCGACUGCAGACCUCCUCCUACCCCGAGACGGAGGUCUUUAGGACCAUGGUGAACACCUUCCAGUCCGUCCUGGCUCACUUCCUGUCGCGGGCAGAGAGGUGCCGCUGGGAGCUGGAGGCUCUACUCCACAUCUGUCACUUUUGUCAAGAGGCCUCACUGCUGGCGGAGGAGUGCAGAAGGUACCUGGAGCAGGACCAGGCUGAAGGCUCACCCCAGGACAGGGACCCUGCCGCCACCCUCCACAGCUUCCAGGAGAGGUUCCUCCAGUUCUCCCCCGACUGCUUCCAGGAAGUGAAGGCCCAGGCCUGCGCCCUGAGGGGCUCCAGGGGGAUGCGUGUGUGGAACGUGGCCUGGCUGAGGUGUCAGGAGGUGAGGCAGCACCUGGAGGAGAGGCUGAGGGAUCUGGAGCAGUCCUGGCAGCCACAGCAGCAGCACGUCGGCCCCUGGGCUGGGCCGUGGUGUGCAGAGCCAGAGGCCAGGACUGAGACAGCUCCUCCUGCAGGCCAGGAGGAGGCGCUGUGCAGACCUGGUCCUGGCCCAGCGUGGGAGCGUCCCCGGGCUGUCUCUGGUCCAGACCAGGCCAGGCUGCUCAGGCCGCUCGAGGGCAGCAGCAGUAACAGUCCUGUGGUCUGCUGUAGCCCCGCCCACAGGCCCGUGGACAGCACUGCCCAGGGGUCAGACGCCACCAUGACCCCUCCUUACAGGGCAACCAGGAAGACGGAGCGGGAGUCUAGGAGGGGGAGAAGCAGCAGGGCGCGAGACACCUCCCUCUCCCGCUCUCACACCAUAGGCUGCCAGUGGUUCCCCUGGCAACGCGGUCUGGGGGCGCGGUCGAUGAGCGAGGAGUCGUGCGCCGCGUCGAGCAGCCAAUCCGAGGCCCAAGCGCCGUCGCGAUCUCACGGCCAGCCGUCCCGCAGGGUUCUUCAAGCCGCCCAGCGCUUUCAGAUCUCCCGCCACGGUAGCUUCUGCUCCCAGGACUCGUGCAGCGGGACAGAGGCUCCUGGGGGGGGCGGGGAGGCCACGUCAUCCACUGGGGCUGUGGAGAGUAGCAGCAAGGCUCUGAAGCUGCAGCGCAUCGUGGAGGAGCUGCUGCUGACAGAGAGCGAGUACGUGCGCUCCCUGGCCUACAUCCUGACUCACUACCUCCCCCUGCUGGACAGACCCGACGUGCCCCAGGACCUGCGGGGCAAACGAGCGCUCAUCUUCGGCAACCUGGAGCGCCUCUAUGACUUCCACCAGCGCCACUUCCUGUGUGAGCUCGAGGCCUGCCAGCGGGAGCCCCUGCUGGUGGCUCGAUGCUUCCUGCGACACAGGGAGAGUUUGGGUCUGUAUGCUCUCUAUAGCAAGAACAAGCCUCAGUCUGACGCCCUGAUCCUCCAUCACAGACACGACAUCUUCAAGAGGAAGCAGCUGGAGCUGGGGGACCUGAUGGACCUGUCCUCCUACCUGCUGAGGCCCAUCCAGAGAAUCAGCAAGUACAGCCUGCUGCUGCACGACAUGCUGGCUCUGUGGAGCCCCGGGACAGGCGCGGGAGCCAGAGAGAGCGGGAGGGCCGAGAUUCAGGCCGCUGCUGACCUGGUCCGCUUCCAGAUGCGCCAUGGCAACGACCUCCUCACCAUGGACGCUAUCCAGGACUGUGAUGUGAACCUGCAGGAGCAGGGUGAGCUGAUUCGGCAGGAUGAGUUCACAGUGUUCUACCGGAGGAAGAGGAGCAUCAGGAGGGUGUUCCUCUUCCAGCAUCUCAUCCUCUUCAGCAAGACCAGGAGGACAGACGUGGGAAACGAUGUUUAUGUUUAUAAACAGUCCUUCAAGACCUGUGACAUAGGAAUGACCCACACCUCAGGGGUGAGCGGUCUGUGUUUUGAGAUCUGGUUCAGGAGGAGGAGGGCUGAGGACACCUACACCCUGAGGGCUGACAGGUCAGAGGUCAAAGCUGCCUGGACAGCUGACCUGGAUCAGCUCCUCUGGGAACAGGCCACACACAACAGAGAGCUGCGUGUGCAGGAGAGGCUGUUCAUGGGGCUGGGGAGGAAGUCCUUCCUGGACAUCAGAUCCAUCUGUGACAGAGAUGUCCACUCUAUCCCCCCUGGGACAGUCCCUGCAGCCUGUCAUCCACCCGAAGGAGGAGAACAUGCACGGCCUAACUCCAUUGGCUCAGGAAGUAGCACCUCCACUUCCUGCAGCCAAUCAUCUUCCUCCUCUGGACGAGGCUCGUUACCCCCCGUCGCUUACCUUGGGAAUCAGUCACAAGGGCCAGAGACCAAUCAUACUGUCUGUUGUUGCCCUGAGGGUGUGGUGGACGAGAACCUCAGUAAUCAUCGCAAUCUUCAUCAUGUUCAUCCUCAUCCUCACCAGAAAGCCAGACUUCAUCUGCUGAAGGACAGUUCGAUGUCGUCAGGCGAGAACGUCAGCGCGCUUAGCAACUCUGAGCUCAGCUGCCUCUCUGGGAUUGGUGGAGAUGUGGUAGACUCCUCCUCUUUCACCUCUCAGAACUCACAGCUGUGUGCCACGAAAGCCAAUCACAAAAAGAGCCAGUCACCUGGGACAACCAGGAGAAGACCCUCCCUGACCCCCACCCUGGGCCUGACCCCCACCCUGGGCCUGAAGGUGACGUGUGGGCUACCAGCUGCUGACAUGACAUAGUCAUCAGACCAAGAAAUGGACUCUACUUUGAAAUCAACGGAUGUUUAAUACUAGUCAGCCCUCCGAGACCAGAUAUGUUACUGAUGAUUCAUCUCUGAGGAUUUCCUGUCGGUCAGUGAGGUCUUGUUGGUUUCCAACAACUUCCUGUUUGUGGUUGAGGAGGCGUGAAGGCAGAGGAAGAAACGCCCAGUUUGUCAUGGAGGACAUGAUGGUCGCUCUAAAGACACCAGAGGAAGCUGGAAGAGGAGGACAAGAGGAGAGUUUUUGAAUGGAGAAACGACUGUUCAGCCUUAGAACCUCUGGUCUACCAGGCCGACACUGUGGAACAUUCUGGACCAGUAAUAUCUGCUCCUGUCAUUUCCAUCUAUCGCAGAGUAGGUUACUAAUCCAGAAUUAGGUCCUCUAGAACAUCAGGCUCUAGAACAUCUCUGCUGACGACUUAGCACUGUGCGCUGAAAACUGCAACCUUUUAUUUAUUUUUAACUCACUACUGAUUUCUGACUACCUUCAGUGUGUAUCAUGAUUGAAAGUCAGGGGGUUUAUCUUUGUGUUUCCUUGUAAGUAUCAGUUAUUUCUGUGGAACAACCACAUCCUUCAGAACUGUGACCAUGAAUCAUUUAUUUCCAAACGUAUAGUUGUACAGUUAAGUGGUGUUACUCUCAGUGCUUCAUUACUAUAAGAUUUGUCUAAUAAUUGUGUACAAGGAUAUAUCUCUGUUGCUUGUUUAGUAUGUACAUGUAGGAUGUACAAGUCAUAAAAGUUAGACAUUGUCUGGGUAUGGUGCUGCUCUUUUAAACAACUGUAUGACGCCACUGUCUUCCAUAUUCAUUGUAGUCCUCGUAUCAGAGUAUCUACCAUGCACCACUAAGUUGGGGCUGUCAGUUGGGGCACUAAAUUGGGGCUGUCAGCUCUUUAUGGUUGGGUCAGGAUGGUUGUUCGAUUGGAGAACAGGAUCAUGAGAGUGUCUGUCUGUGACAGUGUCU